CUGUCACAUAAUCUUAUCUAUACCUGCCACAUAUUGACUGGUUAUGUCAUUCUUUGAUUUUAGCAAAAUAGGUGAUUCAAAUAUUAAAAUAAAAAAUUUGGGAAUGGAAAAUAGACCACUUAAAUUGAUUUUAAAAGUUGGGAAAGAUAUAAAAUCAAUGGAAAUUCCACGAUCACAGAGAGAAUCCUUAUACAAAAUGUCAUCAAUUAGUAAUAGUUCAGAUUAUAAUCCUACUUUUUUAAAUGAAAAAAGAAAGCACAAGAGUUUAUUUAAAAAUAUGAGAGAAAAAAAAAUAAAAAUACAAUCUUAUGAUGAAGAAAUUGAAAAUAUUGAUUCAGUGGAUUCAUGGCAAUCAUCAUCAUCCACUUCUUUGUUAAAUGAAAAUAAAAAUCAUUUUUUAUCUAAUACAUGUGAUGUCACUACAAAUACAAAUGAAAGCACAGAAUUAAAUGAAAUCGAUAAGAAAAGAACAUGUGUUAAAAACACUAAAAAAGAUUUACCUAUCCAGCAAUGUUUGUUUAUGUUAAUUAACAUUUUGGAAAAAAAAGAUCCUAAUGGGUUUUUUGCAUACCCAGUUAAUGAUCUGAUAGCACCUGGCUACUCUUCUAUAAUUCAACAACCCAUGGAUUUUAGUACAAUUAGAAAUAAAAUAGAAAACAAUGAAUAUGAAACAAUAGGAUUGUUUCAUAAAGAUGUUAAAUUAAUGUGUAACAAUGCCUUGACAUAUAAUUCUCCUGAUACUAUAUAUCACAAAGCUGCCAAGAAAUUGCUGGCAGCCUCAUACAAAUAUCUUGCAAAAGAUAAAUUUGUGGGAUACAGACUCAACUACAGUUGCAUAGAUAAAUUAAACUAUUCACAAUUGGGUUUUGAUUUGAACGCCCUAGUAUCCAUUAAAUCUGGAUCUAAUCUAACUGAUGAAACCGACUUUAAUGAUAAUAUACAGGGUAGAUUAUCGGGAGAUGACGAUUCCAAUGCAGCAUUUCAUGAACAAAAGGAAACGGAUGUGAGUCACAUACGGCAAUAUGACAAAGAUAAUAUGAUCGAACGUAAAAGGAAACAAAGACUACUUAAAAGGGAAGGCAGGUUAAGGAACAGACGUAUCAAUCAAAGUCACUUCAACGAGACUGGCCAAAACCUCACCACCUCUCAUCCCAAUUUCGACCAGGCCGAGUUUGUCACCACGAUGAUACAGGACAUUGAUAUUAUGCACGCAAUAGGCGAUCAAGUUAUAGUAGAAGAACGGGAAAUCGUGGAUGAAGAACACUUAUGCAAUGAUUCCGAGCUGAGCCCGGAGCAAAUUUUAGCCGAUGCAAAUAAGGCAUCUGAAGAUGCUAGGAAAAAAUUGGAGGCUAUCAAUCCGUAUGGCAAACUGGGAUUUUUACGCACCGACCACACAGGUCACACUUCUCUAUCCUUCAUCCCAUCAGGACCUUAUAUCUCGGAUUUCGAUGAUAACUCCUUACAAAAUCCGUUCAAAGAAAAUUUAAAACUCACAAAUUUGAACGGAGUUCCUCUUAUGGUUGGAACCGACUCAGUCUCCAAAGAAGAUAAUAUGUAUUUAUACGGAAAUCACCAAAAAAUUAACGCCGUUCAAUACCUAGAAAAGUAUGGUUGUCUAAAUAGCAAUUACAACCCCUUUUCCUCAUACGCGCCAUUUUGGGACUCCACAGAUGCUAACAUAACAAAAGAAGAAACCGAUUUACUCGAUAGCAUAUACAAUUCUAGAAUCGAUGACACCUCCAAUGAAAUAACAACCCCGGCCACACUUGAUACUAGUAUUUUAUCUCUCGAUUCUGAAUAUGCUCUCAGUCUUAAAACUUUUUCUCGCCUGCCUUCUAUUCAAAAUUACGUGGACGAUUUACUGGAUUCAUUGACUCAAGGGGCCCAUGGAAAGAAUUCUCAAGCCAUAAAUGAUAUCUUAGAGAAGUUGGAACAUUCUAGGAAUAACGCUGAGCUAGAUAAAGAGAGCCAAAAAUUUUAUAGUGACUUACCGGAUGAAUUGAUAGAGAAAUUUAAAUUAGCUUCUAAAGCUAUAGUUGAUUUAAACCAAGCGCAGAAGAGUAGACUUUCCUUACCGAUUAAGCAUUUAAGUUUGGCGCCUCCUCCUACAGAUAGAGAAAUAAAUUUAGCUUCUCGGGCUAGAGACAAUUUAGUAAAAUUAGCUAUGAACGCUAAACCUAAAGAUUUGGUGAACGCUGAAAGUAUUCAUAACCUUAUAGGUCUUAAAACACCAAUUUAUACUGAAAUAUUAUGAUUAUUUAUGAUUACUUAUAAUCUUUUUAUGUCAA